CUACUGCUGUAGUUUGAACCCGGAAUAUCUCAUUGAAACGGAAAAUAACAAAAUGCAAAGUUUUCUAACUCUAACACUUUUGGGGAUUUUAGCAGUAUCCGUGGCGGAAUUACCUGCCGAUAUUGAAAAAUGCAAAAAUGGCGAUGGAGCCUGUUUAAAAAAAAGUAUCCAAACAGCGAUAGAGAAAUAUUAUGGUGGUUCACGCGAAAUAAAUUUGCUAUCAUUCGAUCCAUUGCAUGUUAAGAAAAUGGUAUUGAAAAGAAAUCCUGCCAGCCCAGUCAAUGUAGACAUAACCUUUACAGAUUUCGAUAUGCUCGGUCUUAAAGAUUUAAAAAUAAUCUCGGUGGAAGGCUUGCAAGCAGAUCUCAGUGGAAGAAAUGUAUUCGUAGGAAAAGUACCCGAGAUGCGUUUAAAAGGCCAAUACAAAGUUGAAGGUCGUGUUUUGGUAUUACCCGUUGUAGGCGAUGGACCCUGUGAUUUGAUGAUGAAAAAUGCCGAAUUCAAACUUUCAUAUGACUUGAAGAAAGUUGAAAAGAACGGCAAGAUUUUCGCCAAGUUGGAACAUGUUAAAUUGGAAUUUGUUCCCGGUAACAUUCACUUCCAAUUCGACAAUCUCUUUAAUGGCGACAAGCAGUUGGGCGAUAACAUGAAUGUUUUUAUCAACGAGAAUUGGCACGAUAUUUGGUCGGAGAUUGGCCCAACCUUCACAGAAGCUGUUGGUCUAGUCUUGGAAGCACUUUUAAAUGCAUUCUUUGAAAAAAAUUCCUAUGAGGAGAUCUUCUUGUAAGAAUUUAAAGUUUUAAAUAUACUUUAAUGAACAAGACUCCAAAAAUCAUAUAAAACUAUGCUCGCCAAAUCAAUGGAAAAAAAUAAAAAAACCAAAACAUUAAAAUAAUUUUCCAACAAUAA